CCUAACCCUCUUUCUAUUCUCCUGAUUCCCUGAACACCGAUAUCCUCCCCCUCCACCCCCCACACUCGCUCUCUCUCUCUCUCUCUCUCUCUCUCUCUCUCUCUCUCCGGACCACAGAAGCUGCGAACAACACAACAACGACUCCUCCUCCUCCUCGUACGCCAAGGCUGCUUCUCCGUGACCAAAGGAAUCGACAGCAUCCGAUAAUGUCAAAUCUGUGAGAGGCCGCUGAAGUCCGCUCCUCAUCCAGUUACGUUGUCACCGCUUUCGGACUGCCAAAAACCAAGAUCCAUACUCUCCCUCUCUCCAUACAUCGAGAGGUUCAACCCAGUUAGGGUUUUACAUCAGCAUGGUGCGCAAGCACAGGAGCGACUCCAGUGACGACGAAGACGACACUGAAAGGAACCAUUCGAGCUGGAGAACUCGCCGCAAGAGCAAUUCAUCUGAUUCGGACGAGAACGACCGAACUAGGGACGCCGACGCCAGCAAACGGAAAACCGACCAUGACCGAGAGCGCAAGGACUCUCAUCGAUGGUCCGGCAAAAGAGGUAAGCAAGACGAAGAGAUAAACGAUAGGUAUGAUAAGUACGAAAAGGGUUCGGUUAGGGAGUAUGGGAGGGUUGAGAGAGAAAGGGGCAAGCAAGACGAAGAGAGAAGUGAUAGGUUUAACUACGAAAAGGGUUCGGUUGAGAGAGGACGGGGUAAGCGCGAUAGAGAGAGAGGGGAUGGGUUUGAGGAUAGAGGAAGAGAGCGGCAUUCGGUUCGAGACGAUGAUAGAGAUAAGAAUGGAGAUAGGAGGAUAGAAGAUGGGGAGAUUUUUGAAGGUAAGGGGAUGGGGGUUAAGAAAGGGUUUGAGGAGGAUAGGGAUGAUAGGAUAAGAAGUGAUGAUAGAGAUAGAAAGCACGGGAGGGAGAAGGGCGGGCUUGAGGAGGGAGAAGUUAAGGGACAUAGAGGUAGGGAAGUGGUUGACGACGAUGAUGAUAACAAUAGGGUUAGGGGAAGAAGUGGGAGGGAUGAUAGGGAUAGAAAGCACGGGAGGGAGAAUGGGGGGCAUGAGGAUUUCAAAGUUAUGAGACAGAGGGAUAAAAAAGGGAAUGACGAGGAUAGAGAUGAUAGGAGAAGAAGUGAAAGGGAUGAUAGGGGUGCCAGGGAUAGAAAGCACAGGAGGGUGAAGGGUGGGCAUGAGGAUUUCGAAGAUAAGGAACAUAGAGGUAGAGACGUGGUUGAUGAUGAUGAUGAUGAUGAUGAUGAUGAUGAUAGAGAUCAGAAGAGGAUAAGAAGUGAAAGGGAUGAUGGGGAUAGAAAGCACAAGAGAGACAAGGGUGGAGAUGGGGGAAGAGAAUAUGAUAGGAGUUUGAGGGAGAAGGAGGAGAGAGACGGGAAAAAGGCAAAUGGAGAUCAAAAGGUGCAAAACCCUAUUUUGUUGCAAGGAGGAAACUUGAAUGUGGAACCGGCGAAUUUGGGGAGGAGUGGGGGAGUUUACAUUCCGCCUUUCAAGCUAGCGCGGAUGAUGAAAGAGGUGGAAGAUAAGAGUAGUGUGGAGUACCAGAGGUUGACGUGGGAUGCUCUGAGGAAGAGUAUAAAUGGGUUGGUGAAUAAGGUGAAUGCAACCAACGUUAAGAACAUAAUUCCUGAACUUUUCGCGGAGAACUUGAUUCGUGGUAGAGGCUUGUUUUGUCGGUCAUGUAUGAAGUCUCAGAUGGCCUCACCGGGAUUCACAGACGUGUUUGCUGCGUUGGUUGCUGUGGUGAAUACAAAGUUUCCGGAAGUGGGUGAUCUUUUGUUGAGGAGGAUAAUAUUGCAGCUCAAACGAGCUUACAAACGCAAUGACAAGCCACAAUUACUAGCAGCUGUUAAAUUCAUAGCACAUCUAGUGAACCAGCAAGUGGUUCACGAGCUUGUGGCUCUGGAGCUGCUCACACUUUUGUUGGACAAACCUACUGAUGACAGCGUGGAGGUAGCAGUGGGUUUCGUGACAGAAUGUGGGUCAAUUCUUCAAGACCUUUGCCCUCGAGGCUUGCAUGGUAUAUUUGAGCGUUUUCGUGGGAUUCUUCACGAAGGAGAAAUAGACAAGAGAGUUCAAUUUUUGAUCGAAGGUUUAUUUGCAAUAAGGAAAGCAAAAUUUCAGGGGUACCCUGCUGUUCGUCCUGAGUUGGACCUUGUCGAGCAAGAAGAUCAGCUCACACACGAAAUAUCUCUUCAGGAAGAGGAAAUGGACCCAGAAACUACUCUAGAUAUAUUCAAGCUGGAUACACAGUUUAUCGAGAACGAGAAACGAUAUGAAGAAGUGAAAAAGGCCAUCCUUGGCGACGAGUCUGAAGAUGAAGCAGAUUCAGAUGCUGGCUCGGAAGACGAGGAUGAUGAAGAAUCCGACGAAGAGGACGAGGAGCAGAUGGAAAUAAAAGAUGAGACAGAGACAAAUCUUGUAAACCUUCGGAGGACAAUCUAUCUGACAAUUAUGUCUAGUGUAGAUUUUGAGGAAGCUGGCCACAAACUAUUGAAGAUUAAACUUGAGCCUGGUCAAGAGAUGGAACUGUGCAUCAUGCUUUUGGAAUGCUGCAGUCAAGAGAGAACGUAUCUGCGGUAUUAUGGCCUUCUGGGGCAGCGGUUCUGCAUGAUCAACAAGAUCCACCAGGAAAAUUUUGAGAAAUGCUUUGUGCAACAGUAUUCCAUGAUUCAUCGCCUUGAGACGAAUAAGCUGCGUAAUGUGGCCAAGUUUUUUGCUCAUUUACUUGGCACGGAUGCUCUUCCUUGGCACGUUCUAGCUUAUAUACGGUUGACUGAAGAGGAUACUACCUCAUCUUCCCGUAUUUUCAUUAAGAUUCUCUUUCAGGAAUUGUCAGAGCACCUUGGCAUUCGCCUGUUGAACGAGCGUCUCUCUGAUCCCGCGAUGCAGGACUCUUUUGAGUCGAUUUUCCCGAAGGAUAAUCCCAAGAACACAAGAUUUUCCAUCAAUUUCUUCACUUCUAUUGGACUUGGUGGAAUUACAGAGAACCUGCGUGAAUAUUUAAAGAACAUGCCCCGUCUAAUCAUGCAACAGCAGAAACCAGAUGAUUCUGGGAGUUCCGAUUCUUCCGAGUCAGAUGCUUCAACUGCCGAGUCAGACUCUGAGUCAUCAAGCUCCGAUGAGAGUGACGACAGACGAAGGAAGCGGAAGAGGAGAGGGUGAUGUAUAAGAUAAUUCUGUGUUGUUUUGUUCACAUUGAUAAAUUAUACUGGUGUCAAUCUAUUAGUGUGACGCUGUUAAUUUGCAGUUUUACUGGGGAAAUUUUUUUACUUUAAAAGUUCGAGCUUCCAUAACUUUUCUAAGGCUUUAAAUCAGGCACACUUUAGUGUAACUGCAGGGUUAGUUUGCUCCUGUGCUAGUAGUAUCUGUAGCUGUUCAUUGGGGGUUGAGAUUCAAGUGUUGCAAUUGUUUCUUUCUUGUUCAAAGGCUUUGGGUGUGACUUUCAAUUUGAGGUCAGCAAUUAUCAUUUCUUAGUUAUGGUUAUUAUUCUUUGGA